CAUGAGAACCAAAAUCCAAAGGCAAGAUGGUAGCCUCCUCGGGCGCUAUCCUGCGAGCUUCCGGACUCGGCCGACGGGGCCUCCUGCCACGGUCUCCACAGCUGUGGCAUGGUGGCCGCGUCUCUGGGGCCCUUGCCCGGAAGACUGCGACCUGGACCCUGGAGCCCGCGGGCCGCUGCGGCUGGGACGAGCCCGUGCGCAUCGCCGUGCGCGGCCUGGCCCCGCGACAGCCCGUCACGCUGCGCGCGUCCCUGCGCGACGAGAAGGGCGCGCUCUUCCGGGCCCACGCGCGGUACGAAGCCGACGCCGGUGGCCUCCUGGACCUGGCGCGCGCGCCCGCGCUGGGCGGCAGCUUCGUGGGGCUCGAGCCCAUGGGGCUGCUCUGGGCCCUGGAGCCCGAGAAGCCCCUGGUGCGGCUCGUGAAGCGGGAUGUGCAGACGCCCUUCGCCGUGGAGCUGGAGGUGCUCGACGGCCACGAGCCCGACGCGGGUCGUGUCCUGGGCCGGACGGUGCACGAGCGCGACUUCCUGCGGCCGGGCGUGCGGCGGGAGCCGGUGCGCGCGGGCCGGGUGCGCGCCACGCUCUUCCUGCCCCCAGAACCAGGACCCUUUCCUGGGAUUGUGGACAUUUAUGGAGUUGGAAGUGGCCUUCUGGAACAUCGAGCUAGUCUGCUGGCUGGCAAGGGUUUUGCUGUGAUGGCUCUGGCUUAUCAUAACUAUGAAGACCUCCCCAAAGGCCUGGAGAUCCUCCACCUGGAGUACUUUGAAGAAGCUGUCAACUAUCUGCUGGAUCACCCUCAGGUAAAGGGUCCAGGAGUCGGGCUGCUUGGCAGUUCCAAAGGAGGUGACCUCUGCCUCUCCAUGGCCUCGUUCCUGAAGGGCAUCACCGCCACCGUCUUAGUCAAUGGCUCCGUGGCCAAUGUCGGGGGAGCCUUACACUACAAAGAUGAGAUCUUGCCCCCUCUGGGCUUAGACCCAAAUCGAGUAAGGCUGACCAAAGACAGCUUGGCAGACAUUGUGGAUGUCCUGAACAGCCCUUUGGAAGGAGCUGACCAGAAGAGUUUCAUUCCUGUAGAGAGAGCUGAGAGUGCCUUCCUGUUCCUUGUAGGUCAGGAUGACCACAACUGGAAGAGUGAAUUCUAUGCUAAUGAGGCCUCCAAGCGCUUGCAGGCCCAUGGUAGGAAGAAGCCUGAGAUCAUCUGUUACCCUGAGACAGGACACUACAUUGAGCCUCCCUACUUCCCCCUGUGCCGGGCUUCCCUACACACCUUGGUGGGUGGUCCUGUCAUCUGGGGUGGGGAGCCCAGGACUCAUGCCACGGCCCAGGUGGAUGCUUGGAAGCAGCUCCAGACUUUCUUCCACAAACACUUGGUGGGGAAAAGUUAGGGGGACUCUCCUGAAAAUAUAGCCCACUAUUUGAAGGUUAGGAGAGUGAGACUAACAUAUGCUAGCAACAACACUUAAAGACAGUUCACCUGGGG